CAGGCUCUCUCUCUCGCACACACACCGGGAGAAACCUCCGUACUGAACUAACCCAUACAGCCUCACUCGGGAGUGGAUAUGUCUGCAAGUUUUGGAAUUUAAACAUGGAAUGGAUAUCUAACCCAAAGAUCACUUGAACUGGCCUCCCGACACACAGUGGGCCCCUCUAUAUGAUGUGCUGGAUGACUGCUCGUAUCGGAGAGGAGAACGCUGACGAUCGAUAGGAACUGUAUUUCUCUCCCUUUCACCCUCCGUUCGUUCCUUCAUCCCCUAUUUUGGAGGGAAAAAAAAGAAACGCACCCCCAUACCCCUCCUACAAUUAUAUACCCACACAGCACUGACUGAGGUGUGAGAGAGUGGGACAAGACAGGACAGGACAGACUCUCCUCGCGUUUUGAAGCAUCACCUCCAGACAUGUGGCCUCACCAGGGGCCCGUGGCUGUGCUGCUUAGCCCGGGAGGAGCGCUCCUCCUCGGGCUUCUGGCGGUCUCCGUGCCCCUGUCCCAGCCCAGGAUGGCCCCGGAGCCCUUCAAGACCUUCUCGCCGCCCGAGUCAGGGUUGACGCACCUGGCCAUCCACAACAAGACGGGCGAGGUGUACGUGGGCGCCGAGAAUUGGAUCUUCAAGCUGUCGGCCAACCUGACCAAGCUGCGGAGUCACAUGACGGGCCCCGUGGUGGACAAUGAGAAGUGCUACCCACCGCCCAGCGUGCAGGCCUGCCCCCACGAGCUGGCCCAGACGGCCAACAUCAACAAGCUGCUGCUGGUGGACUACGCCCAGAACCGGCUCAUCGCCUGCGGGUCGACAUCGCAAGGGAUAUGCCAGUUCCUGCGGCUGGACGACCUGUUUAAACUAGGCGAGCCGCACCACCGCAAGGAGCACUACCUGUCCAGCGUGUCCGAGUCGGGCACCAUGUCCGGCGUCAUCAUCUCCGAGGGCUCGGGCAGCAAGAUGUUCAUCGGCACGCCCAUCGACGGCAAGUCCGAGUACUUCCCCACGCUGUCCAGCCGCAAGCUGAUGGCCAACGAGGAGAACGCAGACAUGUUCAGCUUCGUCUACCAGGACGAGUUCGUCUCCUCGCAGCUCAAGAUCCCCUCGGACACGCUCUCCAAGUUCCCGGCCUUCGACAUCUACUACAUCUACGGCUUCAGCAGCGAGCAGUUCGUCUACUACCUGACGCUGCAGCUGGACACGCAGCUGACCUCGCCCGACGCCAGCGGCGAGCAGUUCUUCACCUCCAAGAUCGUGCGGCUGUGCGUGGACGACCCCAAGUUCUACUCCUACGUGGAGUUCCCCAUCGGCUGCACCAAGGACGGCGUGGAGUACCGCCUGGUGCAGGACGCCUACCUCAGCAAGCCGGGCAAGCAGCUGGCCAACUCGCUGGGCAUCUCCGAGACGGAGGACGUGCUCUUCACCGUCUUCUCGCAGGGCCAGAAGAACAGGGCCAAGCCGCCCAAGGAGUCGGCGCUCUGCCUGUUCACGCUGCGCCGCAUCAAGGAAAAGAUCAAGGAGAGGAUCCAGUCCUGCUACCGUGGCGAGGGGAGGCUCUCGCUGCCCUGGCUGCUCAACAAGGAGCUGGCCUGCAUCAACUCGCCGCUGCAAAUCGACGACAACUUCUGUGGGCAGGACUUCAACCAGCCGCUGGGGGGCACGAGCACCAUCGAGGGCAUCCCCCUCUUCCUGGACAAGGAGGACGGCAUGACCUCGGUGGCCGCCUACCAUUACCGCGGCAACACCGUGGCCUUUGCCGGCACCCGCAACGGCAGGCUCAAAAAGAUCCUGGUGAACUCUGUGAGUCCCGCGCGGCCCGCUCUGCUGUAUGAGAACGUUGCCGUUAGCGACGGGAGCGCCAUCCUCAGAGAUCUGCUCUUCAGCCCCGACCAACAACACCUGUACACACUCACCGACAAACAGGUGACACGGGUGCCCGUGGAGAGCUGUGAGCAGUACACCACCUGUGCCGAGUGCCUGGGCUCCAAGGACCCCCACUGCGGAUGGUGUGUCCUCCAUAACGUUUGUUCUCGUAAGGACAGCUGUGAGAGGGCGAGUGAGCCUCAGCGGUUCGCCUCGGACCUCAGGCAGUGUGUGGAGCUCACUGUGCAGCCAAGGAACAUCUCCGUCACCAUGUCUGAAGUGCAGCUGGUUCUUCAGGCCAGGAAUGUUCCGGACCUGUCUGCGGGGGUCAACUGCUCCUUUGGCGACUUCAUGGAGAGUGAGGCUCGCAUCUACAACGGCCGAAUCUACUGCCUCUCGCCCUCCACACGAGAGCUGGCCGCCAUCGCUCCUCACCAGGGUGACAAACGAGUGGUGCAGCUGUACCUCAAGUCAAACGAGACCAAGAAGAAGUUCGCCAGCGUGGAUUUCGUCUUCUACAACUGCAGCGUCCACCAAUCCUGCCUGUCCUGUGUUAACGGCUCCUUCCCUUGUCAGUGGUGCAAGUACCGCCACAUGUGCACGCAGAAUGCCAACGACUGCUCUUUCCAGGAGGGACGCGUCAACAUGUCCGAGGACUGUCCUCAGAUCCUCCCGUCCAGCCAGAUCUACAUCCCGGUGGGCGUGACCAAGCCCAUCACGCUGGCGGCGCGCAACCUGCCGCAGCCGCAGUCGGGCCAGCGCAACUACGAGUGCAUCUUCCACAUCCAGGGCGAGACGCACAGCGUCACCGCGCUACGCUUCAACAGCUCCAGCAUCCAGUGCCAGAAGACCACUUACAACUACGAGGGCAACGACAUCAGUGACCUGCCUGUGGAUCUGUCCGUGGUGUGGAAUGGCAACUUUGUGAUCGACAACCCCUUUAAUAUCCAAGCCCACCUGUAUAAGUGCCCUGCGCUGCGCGACAGCUGCGGCAUGUGUCUGAAGGCGGACCCGCGCUUCGAGUGCGGCUGGUGCGUGCAGGAGCGCAAGUGCAGCCUGCGCCAGGAGUGCAGCGCCCCCGAGCACACCUGGAUGCACGCCACCGCCGGCAACAGCCGCUGCAUGCACCCCCGCAUCACCAAGUUGUUCCCGGAGACGGGCCCCAGGCAGGGGGGCACUCGGCUGACCAUCAUCGGGGAGAACCUGGGCCUGCAGUUCAGCGACAUCGCCAACAAGGUCCGCAUCGGCAAGGUGGUUUGCCAGCCCAUUGAGGAGGAGUACAUCAGCGCAGAGCAGAUCGUGUGUCGAUUGGCUGAUGCCACAGGCCAUCCUGAGCAGAAGGCCCAUGUGGAGGUGUGUGUGCGGGACUGCCAGCCGGAUUACCGGGCCAUCUCACCCAAGCCCUUCACCUUUGUGUCGCCCUACUUCACGCGGGUCACCCCCUCUUUCGGGCCGCUGUCUGGGGGGACACGCAUCACCAUCCACGGCAUCCACCUGAAUGCCGGCAGCGCAGUCGCCGUCAAGAUCGGCCUGCACGCCUGCACCUACGAGAGACGUACUGCCAGGGAGAUUGUGUGCGUGACGCCAGCUGGACUGAACCCCGGUGGCACCCCUGUGAUGGUGGACAUCAACUCAGCCGAGCUGCGGAACCCGGAGGUGAAGUUCAACUACACGGACGACCCCACCAUACAGAAGAUCGAGCCCGAUUGGACCAUCGCCAGUGGUGGGACUCCGUUGACCAUAACUGGCGUGAAUCUGGCCACCAUUAGAGAGCCCAAGAUGAGGGCCAAGUACGGCUCUGCCAAGUCACUCAGUAACUGCACGGUGUUCAACAACACGGUGAUGGUGUGCAUGGCUCCGUCGGUGAACGUGUCCGAGCGGGGCUUCGCGGAGCUGGGCAGCUCUCCGGAUGAGAUCGGCUUCGUGAUGGACAACGUGCAGCUGCUGCUGGUGGUCAACGAGACCUUCAGCUACUACCCGGACCCCGUCAUCGAGCCCUUCCCCGGGGACGGCAUGCUGGAGCUCAAGCCCAGCUCGCCCCUCAUACUCAAGGGGCGGAACCUCAUCCCGUCGGCUCCAGGGAACUCCAGGCUGAACUACACGGUUCUGAUCGGGGACAUGCCCUGUGUGCUCACCGUCUCAGAGACACAGCUCAUGUGCGAAUGGCCCGACAUCACCGGAGAACACAAAGUCAUGGUGCGCGUGGGCGGCUUCAGCUACUCCCCAGGGACGUUGCAGAUCUACUCCGACAGCCUGCUGACGCUGCCCGCCAUCAUCGGCAUCGGCGGGGGCGGCGGCCUGCUGCUAUUGGUCAUCAUCGCCGUGCUCAUCGCCUACAAGAGGAAGUCCCGCGACGCCGACCGCACCCUCAAACGCCUGCAGCUGCAGAUGGACAACCUGGAGUCCAGAGUGGCCCUCGAGUGCAAAGAAGCCUUUGCGGAGCUGCAGACGGACAUCCAUGAGCUGACGCAGGAGCUGGACGGAGCGGGCAUCCCCUUCCUGGACUACCGCACCUACGCCAUGAGGGUGCUGUUCCCCGGCAUCGAGGACCACCCCGUGCUCAAGGAGAUGGAGGUUCCAGCCAACGUGGAGAAGGCCCUGGCGCUCUUCGGGCAGCUGCUGAACAAGAAGCACUUCCUGCUGACGUUCAUCCGCACGCUGGAGGCGCAGCGCUCCUUCUCCAUGCGCGACCGCGGCAACGUGGCCUCCCUCAUCAUGACCGCGCUGCAGGGCGAGAUGGAGUACGCCACCGGGGUGCUCAAGCAGCUGCUCUCCGACCUCAUCGACAAGAACCUGGAGAGCAAGAACCACCCCAAGCUACUGCUGCGCAGGACAGAGUCUGUGGCUGAGAAAAUGCUGACCAACUGGUUCACGUUCCUCCUCUACAAGUUCCUGAAGGAGUGUGCUGGGGAGCCUCUGUUCAUGCUGUACUGUGCCAUGAAGCAGCAGAUGGAGAAGGGUCCCAUCGACGCCAUCACGGGCGAGGCGCGCUACUCCCUCAGCGAGGACAAGCUCAUCCGACAGCAGAUCGACUACAAGACCCUGACGUUGCACUGCGUGAACCCCGAGAACGAGAACGCUCCGGAGGUGAUGGUGAAGGUGCUGAACUGUGACACCAUCAUGCAGGUGAAGGAGAAGCUCCUGGACGCCGUCUACAAGGGCACGCCCUACUCCCAGAGGCCCAAGGCCGGAGACAUGGACCUGGGUAAGAUACAGGAAUGGCGCCAGGGCAGAAUGGCCAGAAUCAUACUGCAGGACGAAGAUGUCACCACCAAGAUCGACAACGACUGGAAACGGCUCAACACCCUCGCUCACUAUCAGGUGACGGACGGGUCAGCUGUAGCCCUGGUUCCCAAGCAGAACUCCGCCUACAACAUCUCCAACUCCUCAACCUUCACCAAGUCUCUCAGCAGAUACGAGAGCAUGCUGCGAACAGCCAGUAGUCCAGACAGCCUGCGCUCGCGGACGCCCAUGAUCACGCCAGACCUGGAGAGCGGGACCAAGCUGUGGCACCUGGUGAAGAACCACGACCACUCAGACCAGCGCGAGGGCGACCGCGGCAGCAAGAUGGUCUCCGAGAUCUACCUGACGCGACUUCUCGCAACUAAGGGUACGCUGCAGAAGUUUGUGGACGACCUGUUUGAGACAAUCUUCAGCACGGCCCACCGCGGCAGUGCGCUGCCUCUGGCCAUCAAGUACAUGUUCGAUUUCCUGGACGAGCAGGCCGACAAACACACCAUCUCAGACUACGACGUACGGCACACCUGGAAGAGCAACUGCCUGCCUCUGCGUUUCUGGGUGAACGUCAUCAAGAACCCCCAGUUUGUCUUCGACAUCCACAAGAACAGCAUCACGGACGCCUGUCUGUCGGUGGUGGCCCAGACCUUCAUGGACUCCUGCUCCACCUCCGAGCACAAGCUGGGCAAGGACUCGCCCUCCAACAAGCUGCUCUACGCUAAAGACAUUCCAAACUACAAGAACUGGGUGGAGAGGUACUAUUCCGACAUUGCCAGGAUGCCGGCCAUCAGCGACCAGGAUAUGAGUGCGUACCUGGCCGAGCAGUCUCGUCUGCACCUCAACCAGUUCAACAGCCUGAGCGCACUCCAUGAGAUCUACUCAUACAUUGUCAAGUACAAGGACGAGAUCUUGUCUGCGCUGGAGCGGGAUGAGCAGGCGCGUCGCCAGCGGCUGCGUAGCAAGCUGGAGCAGGUCAUCGACACCAUGGCACUGGCCAGCUGAGGGCGGAGCCUCACUGUAGACCACACCCCCUUUAUUUCCUCCCUCCCUCGCUCCCGACUGACCACACCCACCCGCCCACCGACCGACCCACCGACCCACCUUCAGCCUCGGACCCCUCUCCCCUCGUACGUCUCCAUGGAUGUAUGUCGCCCAAUGACCCUUCCCCUACCAGACCCCCCCGCCCGCCAAAAGGCCCCAUCCCCACCCAGGAGUACACGGAGGAAGGGGUUAGGGUUAGGGUUUGGGGGGUGGGGGAGGUAAUGGAAUCAGAUGGACAGAUGGAGGGAUGAAUGGACGGACGGAUGGAUGGAAGGAUGACUAGACAAAGAAACGUGGGUCCACUCCCCCACCCAUAAACUACAGACUGCAAGGACAUGAGCAGAACACUGGAGGACAAGCAGAGCUGGGCACACUGUGUGUGUGUGUGUGUGUGUAUGUGUGUGUAUGCACACGUAUAUGUGUGUGUGUGUGUGUGUGAGUCUGAGUGUGUGUGAGAGAGAAAUAAUGUGUGCAUGUGUAUAUUGGUGUGUUGUCCAUUGCACACACCUGUGAGUUUGUGUUUGUUUGUGUGUGUGUGUGUGGGGGUGGGUGACCAUUCUCAGGUCGACACACACACGCCAUCACGGAUAAGCAUUUGAUUAUUAUCGUCGCUGUUGCAAUUUUUCUUUUUAUUGGUUUACGUUUUUUUAUUAUUAUUAAUAAUUAUUUGUGACAUUUGUGUGGAAGGACGUGCAUCUCCAUGUUCCGAGCACGUGCAACCUCCUCUUGCCAAUUACCUUGGCGAAGGAAUCCAGAAGGAAUGUUUGUUUCGACGUUGGCAAAAAAAAAAACCCUCCGUCCAAUAGGAGGGUGUUUUAUUGGAUCAUGUGACCGGCUGUGGGACUCGUGAUAGGCCACGUGGCGUUUUAAAAGACUGUCGAUUGGUGUUUAUUUGUGUGUGUAAAUGUACUCAGCUGCCCACUCUCAGCUCUACGCCACUUGUGUUCCUGCUGAAUUUGCACAGUUUACAGAAACCAAUACAAAGGAAAAGAUAUACAGAUAUUAUAUAGGAAAAUACAAGUUACAUUUUCAAUGAAGCAACGGUGGAUUUACGAAAGAAAAAAAACUUUAACAAAAAAAAAGUUUAUUUGCCAUUUUAAAUGUCCACACGCUCACACAGUGAAAAAACCAACCGAGAUGAAUUUGAUAUUUCAGCAGAACUACAUAGAGAAGAAGACGACGAAGAAGAAAAAAAAAAGUUGUACAAAAAUGAUCAAGAAUUUUUGUCCUGUGCCAUGUUUUAUUUGAAUGUUGUUUAGUGCAAAGACAUUUUGUUUGAUGGAAUGUGCUAUGAUUUGAAUAUGAACUUGCCUCGUGACUGAUAAAAGAGUGUUUAGAUUAUUAGACGACAAAAAAUGAAAGGAAACCAUGGAGGAGGAGAAGGAGGAGGAGCUGCUGAUGGCAGGGAGGGAGGGGCUUACUGAAAAGCAGGAAGUAGAACCUGGAGCUGAAGCUGGAGAGAUCACAGAGAAACAAACAAGCAAACAAGCGAAAUGUCUCUUAUAAAACUUGGAAUUACUUGAGCUUUUUCUCGGGCUGUCUGGCUCCACAGGGGUAUCUUUGGAAAAAAAAAACAACAACAGAAGAACAAAAGAUAUUCAGUACACACAGUCACUCACACAUGCACUCACACACACACACACACACACACACACACACACACACACACACACACACACACACACACACACACACACACACACACACACACACACACAAACAUAUACACACACACACACACACACACACACACUCCCUGUCCCCAUUUAUGUGAAGGCGUGUUCCAUGCCAGUUGCGGCUGGUGUGUUGGCGCUGUAUGUGAAUGAUGUAGUACACCCCCCUCCCCGAAUCACACACUCCCUUUCCUCUAUUUCUCCCCCUUUGAGCCUAUUGAAGAUACCCCCCACCACACACACACACACACACACACACACACACACACACACACACACACACACACACACACACACACACACACACACACACACACACACAUUCCUCCACCCCCCCCGCCACACCUCAACGCCUCCAACCCUCGUGGGCAUCUUAAAUGUGAAAGGUGGGAGGCCAGCCGGCAAAAUACCACCGCAGCUGUCAGUCAACCAAUGAGUGAUGUGACCCGUGUGAUUGACAUAUUCAGGCACCAACCACCUUCCACCACCACCACCAUAUCCCCCCCACUUUUCCUCUUGCUCCACACAGCAGAUACUCUGGAGUUUGGUACAUCCUGUGCUUCUACCUUUCCUUUCCUUCUCCAUCUUCUUCCUAAUGCUUCUCUACGUCACUCUCUGGCUCACAGCUAUGCUCUGCACCCCCCUUAUUGAGUGGUCUGAGCAUGGGCUGGUUGUGUGUGUGUGUGUCUCUCCACCGGCCAUGGCAUUGUUCAGUUUCUCAUAGAGCUGAGGAGAAGGAUGGAAGGAUGGGUGGAGAGGGAAAAGAGAGAAAAAGAGAGAAAGAUCAGAGGACAGAGAGGCUUGCAUGGUUGUGGGGAUGGGGGUGGGUCAGCCUUAACAUUCACCUCAUUAAUGCUCUCAAUGAUCUGAGACCAUCAGAGGAACUGGCAAGAAGGGAAGGGAGAAUAGGAAGGUUUUUUUUCUAAUCUUUUUUUGUAGUCAUUAGCAUUACAAGUCUUGAAGUAAUCUUGUUAGCGCUUGCCCACACUACCCCCAUACCCCAUGCAUUCACUGUUUGUGGAUGUGUGUGUGGGUGUUUUUAAAAGAGAAAUUUGUGAUUUGGUCGUCUCUGAUAAAGUUUGACUUUGAUUGCAGUUUUUUUUUUCACUUGGCUGGCUGCUUCUUAUUGGAUUUGCGAGUUCUCUGAUUCACGCUGCGCUAUUUAAUUGUGUUUUGCCUUUUGGAGUUAGAUUCACACAACCUCUAAAGCGAUCACUUCAUUCAGCAUGAGAAUUUUUUUUAAAUUCUUGUUUUGUGUGGCUAUAUAUUUGGCUUCCUUCAACAUAGAAAUAUUUUAUUUUUCUUCAGUGGUACGAGAGAAACAAUAUCUCAUUAAAUCAAUAGCUUCAUUUCUUGCAUUCUUGCAACAAAGUGGACUUACAUAGCAUACAGCAUUCAGUUGAUGUUGUUAUUGAGUUUUUUAUGGGCUUCUGCCAAAGGACAACGAAUUGUUGCUUUUGUUUUUAUUCUUGGUGUUCCAUCUUCUCCUUUUAACUGCUUUCUUAGAUUGCGUUGGCAAACGUCUCAUUCGGUGGUGCUGGUAGAACCAUUUUUUUUUCUCAGGUAACUCAGUCAUUCAUGACAUGAAAGCCUGAGUCACAUUACCGCACAGACAGACAGACAGCACUCUUUUUUGUUCUUGUUCUUUUAAACAUGAUACUCCACAGGCGACCAUUUUGGGCUCCCUCUGAUUGACCAUGUUCAUGUUUUUUGAUCUGGACCAAAUCUCUCAUCACAAGUGGGUUCAAGAAGGGUCGGCCCCUGACAAGAGCGUGCUCAACCCCCCUACCCCAACACCCCCUCCCGCCCCCCUCCCCCGGGGAGUCUGCCCAGAUGCGUUGAUGGGUCUGCACUGGAGCUCCUGCUGACAGAGUUGGACUCUCUCAUCCAUAUUUAACCAGCUCCAGUCUAUAAAAAGAAGGAGCUAGCACUGCGCUAGCUACACACUUUUCCUUCUCUACUCUACUCCACUCUACUCCACUCCUCGCCUCAUUUUUUUUCGUAGAACACCUUUCUGUGUGUUUUUUUUCUAUUAUUAUUAUUUUAUUUUUUUACCUCCUCUUCACAGUUUUUGUGCUGUGCUGUGCUGUGCUGUGCUGGACAUGUAUCUUUUCAGCAGUCUUAGAUCUUAGCUAAUGGAAAUGAAUUACCUAGGAGCAGGCAGGCCCAUGCGAACCCCACUCACACAACCAAGCUUAUGAGUCGUCAGCACUAUGUGCACACAUACUCGGUUGGCGCGUUAUCAUGAAAUCAUUAUGGGCUUUUUAAAGGGUUCUGUGGCAGGGUUUUUUUUUUCCACAUCUAUUUGUUUUUUUUCAGGGCUAAAUCUCCCCUACUGUGUGCGGGCCCUCCAGCCAACAUUCGACUGGCACCAUUUUUGAGGCGGUUUCUCGUCGUGGGAGGCCGGUGUCUCUCCACUGCAGAGGAGAGGGUGUAGUUAGUAGAUGAUCAUGGAGCUAGCUACCAGUGGUGUUUAAUCACGGCAACAGGGCCAGGUGCGGAGCUAUAGGGAGGGCAGGUAGGGCACUUGCCCCUGGGCCCAGGGGGCCCUCCCGUAUUGGUGGUGGGGGUCCUAUUGUGAGAUUGGCAUGCUGUAUAGGGGGGCCUAUAAGUGUCUUGCCCUGGGGCCCUGUGUGCUAUUGUUCCGCCACUCCGCCACUGAACAGGGGCCUGCCCUGCUCAUUGUAAUGAAGAAGUUUUGAGUAGAGCACUUCCUCUGGAGGUGGCUGGUGGGCAGCUUUGAAGUCAGGAAAGAAGCUUUGAAUUCAGUGGGAUGGACACUGAGGUCCAGGUAGGGUUGGUGGACAGACAAGGCAGAGUGAAGGAAGUGAGGGCAAAUACUUAACCCGAAUUUGCCUAUCUCUCCUCACCCCCUUCUCUCUCUCUCUCUCUCUCUCUCUCUCUCUCUCUCUCUCUCUCUCUCUCUCUCUCUCUCUCUCUCAUUCACUCUCUCAUUAUCUGUCUCUCUGGCCCUCUUUCUUUCUCCCUACCUCCAUGAAAUGCCAGAGUAUCUGCUUCACAUAUGCCUUGAUUGCACAUGCCCAAUUUCCCAAUUUUGUGUUUGCUCCACAAAUUGCUCUAUUUCCUCCUUGGUGAACACGGCCCGUUGCCCAACACGCGCACGCAGGCAAAUACACACAGGCACACGCACACGCACACGCACACACACACACACACACACACACACGCACACACACACACACAUAUUCACACGCACACACAUACACAUAUCACACAAACACUGCCACAUCUCCCCACACUGUUCCCCCGUAACCGCCUUGGCUAGUAUAUCUCAACAACACUGAACAGCUGCACCCCCUUGCCUUGCCUUGCCUCUCGAUGCGAUGCGUCUAGCCUCCCCCUGAUUGUGCAUCGCUAUCCAGCCAAGUCCACCAGUCGUCCUCCCCUGAGGGCUCUCUUCUUCUUCUGGUCGUUGCCAGGCCAACCAGACGGACAGACAGACAUAUCCUCUCCCUGCCUUCUCCUCCAGCUCUUAUUUGUUUCAUUUUCUUUCUUUUUUGGGUUUUUCUUUUCUCUUUGUUUUGAAACUGUGGCAAACUAAGUAGCUGUCCUUUUUUGAAGAAGAAGAAAAAAAAAGAAAAACCUGCAUAGGCUGUAAGUGAUCCAACAUUUAAAUGAUAUUCAAACUACAGAAACUACAACUACAACAAAGAAAGAUCUCACAAAAGUUUUAAUAUUAUAAUGCUGACAAUGUUUUUAAGAGUUUCAGACUUGAAGCAGCUGUCACAAGUUGGCUGGUAAACGUUCAUUGUGUAAAUAUUCUGUUAUUUCCUAUUUUGCAGAUUUACUACUUGUAAAUACGUACACAUCAAGGAGAGAUUAAACAUGUUUUGCUAAAUAAAAAAACGUCGUGUGAUGUC